AUGAAACCUGAAACCAAGAAAAUGAACGCUUCUUUCGCAGACGAGGUUGCUUAUCAGGAGGCCAUUUCAUUCUGGACGGGUGUGCAGAUGGUUGGUUUGAGAGGUCUUCGGUUGGCAUGCGAACUACGACAACGUGCGCGACGACGGUGCCCAAAUUCAUUAUGCUGUACCACUCAAGAACGAGACCACUUGAGAAUUUGGGAAGGCGAGAAGGUUGCCGAAGAAAAUCUAGAAGCAGAAUGUUCCGUGUGGACAGGAUUUGUCGGCUUACUCCUGCCACAGUAA